AUGGAGGACGAGGCGGUACUGGAUAGAGGGGCUUCCUUCCUUAAACAUGUAUGUGAUGAAGAAGAAGUGGAAGGUCAUCACACUAUUUACAUCGGGGUCCAUGUGCCGAAGAGCUAUAGGAGAAGGAGGCGUCACAGAAGAAGACCUGGACACAAAGAAAAGAAGGAAAAGGAGAAAAUCUCUGAGAACUACUCCGACAAAUCAGAUGUAGAAAACGCUGAUGAGACAAGCAGCAGCAUCCUUAAGCCGCUCAUCUCCCCCGCUGCCGAACGCAUCCGCUUCAUCCUCGGAGAGGAAGAUGACAGCCCGGCGCCCCCGCAGCUCUUCACGGAGCUGGAUGAACUUCUGGCUGUCGACGGACAAGAGAUGGAAUGGAAGGAGACUGCAAGGUGGAUCAAGUUUGAGGAGAAGGUAGAACAAGGUGGGGAGCGAUGGAGCAAACCUCACGUGGCCACCUUGUCCCUGCACAGCUUGUUUGAGUUAAGGACGUGUAUAGAGAAAGGCUCGAUAAUGCUGGAUAUGGAAGCCUCUUCUCUCCCGCAGGUGGUGGAAAUGAUCGUUGACAAUCAGAUCGAGACGGGGCUUUUGAAAUCAGAACUGAAGGACAAAGUCACCUACACGCUGCUCAGGAAGCACCGGCACCAGACCAAGAAAUCCAACCUGCGCUCUCUGGCUGACAUUGGAAAGACCGUCUCCAGUGCAAGUAGGAUGUUUACCAACCCCGAUAAUGGCAGCCCAGCCAUGGCUCACAGAAACCUGACUUCCACCAGUCUGAACGACAUCUCUGACAAGCCUGAGAAAGACCAGCUGAAGAAUAAAUUCAUGAAGAAAUUGCCCCGUGAUGCUGAGGCCUCCAACGUGCUGGUGGGGGAGGUAGACUUCCUGGAGAGUCCCUUCAUUGCCUUCGUCCGGCUGCAGCAGGCGGUCAUGUUGGGUGCUCUGACUGAAGUCCCCGUACCCACCCGAUUUCUCUUCAUUCUGCUGGGACCGAAGGGCAAAGCGAAGUCCUAUCAUGAGAUCGGCCGAGCCAUCGCCACUCUGAUGUCGGAUGAGGUGUUCCACGACAUUGCCUAUAAAGCCAAGGACCGGCAGGACCUGAUCGCUGGCAUUGAUGAGUUUCUGGAUGAAGUCAUUGUGCUCCCCCCUGGGGAAUGGGAUCCAGCCAUUAGGAUAGAGCCCCCCAAGUCCCUUCCUUCUUCAGAUAAAAGGAAAAACAUGUACUCGGGUGGAGAAAACCUACAGAUGAAUGGAGACACGCCUCAUGACGGAGGACACGGCGGCGGGGGCCACGGGGACUGUGAGGAGCUGCAGCGGACUGGCAGAUUCUGUGGUGGCUUAAUCAAAGACAUAAAGAGGAAAGCACCGUUCUUCGCCAGCGACUUCUACGAUGCUUUAAAUAUUCAAGCCCUUUCAGCCAUUCUUUUCAUCUACCUGGCCACAGUGACCAACGCUAUCACUUUUGGAGGAUUGCUUGGUGACGCUACGGAAAACAUGCAGGGCGUGUUGGAGAGCUUUCUGGGCACAGCAGUCACCGGCGCGAUAUUUUGCCUUUUUGCUGGUCAGCCACUCACAAUUUUGAGCAGCACGGGACCUGUUCUUGUCUUUGAACGUCUUCUCUUUAAUUUCAGCAAAGACAAUGAUUUUGACUACUUGGAGUUGCGUCUCUGGAUCGGCCUUUGGUCAGCCUUCCAGUGUCUCAUUCUCGUCGCUACCGAUGCCAGCUUCCUGGUGAAGUACUUCACCCGCUUCACCGAAGAAGGUUUUUCCUCCCUCAUUAGCUUCAUCUUCAUUUACGAUGCUUUCAAGAAGAUGAUCAAGCUGGCAGAUCAUUACCCGAUCAACUCGGAGUUCAAGGUGGACUAUAUCACGCAUUACUCUUGUGCCUGUGAACCAUUAGAUCCAGUUAAUAGCUCGUUAUUUAACAGGACAACGGUGCCGUCAGCUGAUGAGCUGCUCUAUUCCUCUACUGAGAUGUACAACACCACCAUUGACUGGUCAUCUCUGACAACGAAGGAGUGCUUGAAAUACGGAGGACAACUUGUGGGCAACAACUGUGAAUAUGUCCCUGACAUCACCCUCAUGUCUUUCAUCCUCUUUUUUGGCACUUACACCUGCUCCAUGGCCCUGAAGAAAUUCAAGACCAGUCGCUAUUUUCCAACCACUGCCCGGAAGCUGAUCAGCGACUUUGCCAUUAUCUUGUCCAUUUUGAUUUUCUGUGGAAUAGAUGCCCUGGUAGGUGUGGACACACCAAAACUAAUUGUGCCAAGUGAAUUCAAGCCAACCAGUCCCGCGAGGGGUUGGUUUAUCCCACCUUUUGGAGGGAACCCGUGGUGGGUGUACCUGGCAGCAGCCAUCCCUGCACUGCUGGUGACUAUCCUCAUCUUCAUGGACCAGCAAAUCACAGCCGUCAUCGUCAACAGGAAGGAGCACAAGCUCAAGAAAGGUGCUGGAUAUCACCUGGAUUUGUUCUGGGUGGCCAUUCUGAUGAUCAUAUGCUCCUUUAUGGGUCUGCCCUGGUAUGUUGCUGCUACCGUGAUCUCCAUUGCUCAUAUUGACAGCUUGAAGAUGGAGACGGAAACUUCAGCCCCUGGAGAACAGCCCAAGUUUUUGGGAGUGAGGGAGCAGAGAGUCACUGGAGUCAUUGUUUUCAUUCUGACUGGUGUGUCUGUCUUUAUGGCUCCCAUCCUAAAGUUCAUUCCCAUGCCUGUGCUCUACGGCGUCUUCCUCUACAUGGGUGUCGCUUCCCUCAAUGGCGUGCAGUUCAUGGAUCGUCUGAAGCUGCUCUUGAUGCCUCUAAAACACCAGCCUGACUUCAUCUACCUGCGCCACGUCCCGCUGCGCAGGGUCCAUCUCUUCACCUUCCUGCAGGUGGUGUGCCUGGCCCUCCUCUGGAUCCUCAAGUCGACCGUGGCUGCUAUCAUAUUCCCUGUCAUGAUCCUGGCACUUGUAGCAGUCAGAAAAGCCAUGGACUACCUCUUCUCUCAGCAUGACUUAAGCUUUCUUGAUGACAUCAUUCCAGAAAAGGACAAGAAAAAGAAAGAGGACGAGAAGAAGAAGAAAAAGAAGAAGGGCAGUAUGGACAGUGACAAUGAUGACGAGAAAAAUCACCAACAUUCCUUGAACGCCAUACGUCGUGCUGAUACGAUUCCUUUCCUUCAGUCACACGCCAUGCCAAGCCCUCCACGAACUCCAGUAAAAGUUGUGCCUCAAAUUAGAAUAGAACUUGAGCCUGAAGACAAUGGUUAUUUCUGGAGGAGCAAGGGAACAGAAACUACUUUGUAAUUUGUCUGUCUGUUAAAUCUUUUACGGAAUUUAUUUUGUCACUAGCCAAAUAUUAAAAUGCUCUCUGCUCCCCGCCUGCAUAGGUAAAUGAGACAUCCCGCGCUGCCCCUGCAGAUCUCUGCUCCCUCCUCGCCCCAUUUUCCCAUGCCGACCAAGACUCGUUUCGCCUUCUCUGGCGCUUCGAGAUGCACGCGUCUCUCAUUUGCAAGCAGAGGGCAGAAGUAUUAAGGAUAUCGUCCCACCCCUGUGGGAGAUGGCAGAGGAGCUGGCAUUACUGUAGUUGCGAAUCGG